AGUAAAAGCAUUUAAAUAAUGGCAUACUACUUAAAGAAAAAUAACUAGAAGAAGUGACAGUAUCAAGACAGAUAUCCUGUUACCAACAUGCAUUUCUCGUCCGCGCUAAUUAUUUGUGCCUUCAUUUUCUUACUGGCCCAUGCAGUAAGUGGCAAGUAUAUUACUGAUGUCUUGAAAAGGAACGAAAGAAAGGAGUGUACUAUAUCCUACGAUUGCCCCAGUCCGCAUGAAGUAUGUGUUGGACAUAUUUGUACGAAAGAUCUCCCCUGUAAUAAGGACAACGAUUGCUUUUUCUACGCUGCUGCAGAUAUUGCCAAUGGAGCACCUCACCCGAAAUGCUAUAAAGUGUUGCAGGAAUAUAUAGUACCCACUGGUUAUGGCAUUUGCGUGGUUUCUGAAAAAGUUGGACAAUUGGGAGCCGUUCAAAGACUGAGUGGAAGUGACACUGACCAUCUUGAUGUUCAUCACUUGUAUCGUACACAAAAGUAAAAAUAUUUCUGUCAACAGAGAAAUAUUUGAAAUAGGCAGAAGAAAAUCAUGAAUAAGAAUAGAAUAUAUUCCACAAGAAAUAAAACGAAAUGUCAAACAAGCCAAAUUGAUUCUAAGUUGAAUAUUUCUAAACCCAAAGGUUAUUAAAUCCAUAAAAUGAUUUAUUAAGUUCCUAAAUUACUCAAUCCAUUUUCUGUGUUGCACCACCUAUAAUAAAGCAAGAUUCUGCUGUAGUUCUACAUGAAAUACAAUUGUAUUUGAAAUGUUCCUAUUCUAAAAAUGAAA